CGAGCUUCUGCCGUGAACACGUAUCCGUUCGAGGUGGGCUUUUUUUUCUCCUCUCCUUUUUCUUUUCGUGUCAUCCGGUCUGUUUUUUCCCCUCGCGAUAUUCUUGUGCGUGAUUUGGUUCACGAGUGCGCGGCAGAAUAUCGUUUCCAAAUGAAUGUGUACCGGCUUAUGUGUAGUAGUAGUCGGGUGCCGGGUUCACGUAGCUGAAAUCGUACAAGAAGAUGGCCGUGUUCGCUAAAUGAAAUUAACGUUCCCCUUUUCAACACUUCGCCGCCCCUCCACGAUUUCCGUGAACGAAACUCCCUUCGAAAUACGGCGAUUUAAAAACUAGCUGGAUAUUUAACAUUAUAAAAGCAAUUUCUAUGAAUUCCCGUCGAAACGUAGAGACGACUGAGCGAUGAAGCGCGAACGCGACGGGAAGUCGACUUCCCUCGACGAGUGACGAUCGAGAUGUGAUAAAGGAGAAAGGAGAAAAAAGUGCCGCGUGGGUGUACUAUGCGCUUGAAAAUAUCGAAAAAAUGCUCGUCAAAGGGGGCGUCUAGGAAGGAAAAGUCGAAAACGAAGAUCGCUUCGUCGAUGACGACGACGGAAGGCACAUCGUGAAAUUCGUGGUGAUACCGGGCAUGGUAAGGAUGAACUCGUGGCCGUGGGUAAGACGGAGAUGACCACUAGAUCCGUGCCUCGUCCUGAAGACGAAGACGAGGAGGACGAGGAAGAAGAGGAAGACGAGGAAGAGGAGGAGGAGGAAGAGGAGGAAGUCGACAAGAAGGCUCGUUCGAGUCUACGAUAUCACUGCCACUGAUAUCCACUCUCUCGUCGCAUCGAUGCCGACCCCUGCGUCCAUUGAUAGAGGAAUGGGGAGCGUCGUAGGCAGCAACGCGAACGUAAGCAACGUAACGACGAGGAGGAUGGACUCGACGACGUUCGUGCCGGAAGCGACGCCGACCCUCAGCGAACGAGAGCAACUCAAAAUUGAAUUCUACAAAACAUACGACGUCAUGACUGGGGUCAGAAUCGCAGCGACUCUCGGCGGUUUUUUCGGUCUUAUGAUCCUUCUGCUUGUCUACAAAAGCAGGUGUAAAUCGAGCAAGCAGUUGGAGGAUCCAAGACUGACCGCAGCGGCUGCCGCAGCGGUAGCUGAAGCAGAAGCCGAGGAAAGAGCUCUCGCAGUCGCCCUCGACGCCAUCGCCAGAUUACCACCUAGACCGGACCGGGGUCCCAGAAGGUCUCUUUGCGUCGAGGUGAGUCAAGCUCAUUCCCCGAGAGUCAGUCCACGUUUCUCGUCGGUCGGGGGUGACUACGAGGCCCUGUUGACGGCACCAGCGAAGCAACCGAACCUAACGCUUCCCGAGGAGCAGAGGAGAUGCAGCUCGGUGACCUGCAGCAGCACUGGUAGUAGUUACCUCGAGAGGAGAGGAUCUGCGAUGCCGGUGCCAUGUCUGCCCCUUCAUCCUACGUUUUCAACGAAACACGCUGCCCACGACGAACCCUGGGACCUUUAUUAUCCCAUUGAUAUUCAGGUAAUCCAACCAACCCCAGAGCUUUCUCCGUGCACAAGCGAGGCAGGUCUUUAUGCGAACGAAGUCUUGCUUGCUGGAACCACUGGUAAAAGGGCGCCGUUGGCUUCCAUGGGCAGUGUCGAUCCUCCGGAACCAGACUCAAGGUCACUCGGUUCCGACUCGGUCUUCCUGAGAAACGACGAGCACGACGAAGAGUGCCUCGACACAGAGGACGAGGUGUCCGGGUUCUCGACCGACUCCGAAGCACCUGGGCCCAGCUGUCGACGGUUCCUCCGAGUCCCAUCCAAGAAGAAGGAACCCGUCGAAAAGUGGGACGGUUGCGCUGGAUGCAUUCCAAGACGACGACCAGGAGGGAAACCUUGUCAAGCUUGUCACAGCAUCAGCACACCUGUUGAAACAUCCAGGUCUCAAACAGUCUCGACGAGCACCAGCAGCCAGAGUAGCCUCGGUUCUCCACCGUGUUCACCAGCCAUCGAGCUCAGGCACAGACCACCGCCGGCGCCGCUACCAUCGAGUCCGCCCGCCUGGUCCCAAGAAACGCUCUUUUAGUUGUUUAAAACAUUCGCCCGAAAGCUUUCAGGGAAAGGGCCAGUAAUCGCACAAAAGCAUCCCUUCCGAAGAGAACGAGAACGAAGGUGGAGGAAACUAGGAAACUUAGGAAUGGAAGCUAAGGAAGCUAAUGGAAACUAGGAAUGGAAAGGCUUGGAGGAUGGAUAAACUAUGAGUCAGAAUCGCUGACGUUGUCAUUCAAUAUUGAAAAGGAUGCACCGAGGGGGAAUAAUGGCAACGGAACUGUGAGAAUAGUAAUAGAAGUCUGAUAUUUGUUAACCCUUUGCGCUCGACGACCAACAACGCCGCGUAACUACGUUCACUUCGAUUGGUCUCGAUGUACAGUGGGUGUAGAAUGUAUUCGUACACCGAUCAAUUUCCCAAAAAACUUUUCUGUGAAAUUGUAGUUUCUUAACUUGUUUUUUUUUUAUAAUCAAUGAUAUUAUUGUACAUAUUCUCGGAAGUCUCUAAGAUAGAUAUAGUCCGAACAACAUUUACUAGUUGAUAUAAUUUGUGAAAUUAACAAAAAAAAUGCGAAAAGUGGGUAAAAGUAUAGAAGCAAUAAGUAUUUGUACGAUUCUUAUAACGAACCAUUUACAGUAGAGUUUGUAACAUAAACACAUUCGUUUAUCGCUCCGUACGAAUUAGAAAACAUCAAAUUUCCAGUAAAGUACUUUUAAAAACGGCUUUUUAAUAGAGGAAUUGAAGAAGAUCCCACUUCGAAUAACUAAUAAUUUAGUUAAUUUAACGCUCAGAAGAGUUGCAAUAAUUAUAAAAUCAAAAGGAAAUCCCACGAAGGAAGUAUUAUAUACUUGUAAAUUAAUGUAAAUUUCUUUUUUUUUUUCAACGAAAUUUUAAAAAUUAAACAGUUGUACGAAUACUUAUUGCUUCAAUAUUUCUAUCGAUUAAUUGUUUUUUUCUUUGUUAGUUUCGUAACUUACAUAAAUAGCUAUUUUUUUUUUGUAUUCUAUCUAUUCUAGAGAUUUCCGAGUAUAUGUAGAAUGUCAUUGUUUAUAAAAAAUAAAUUGAUAAAUUACAAUUUUACAUACUUCUUUUGGAAAUUGAUCGGUGUACGAACACUUUCUACACCCACUGUAUGUAUCCAUUUUAAUCUCAAAUUCGUUAGAACUUUGGGACUUACGCUCUUGAAUCAUUGAGACCGUGUCGUCGCGUGCGAUAAUUGAGGUUCAAGAUGUUUUUCUCGCGAGAGUAAAAAGAUGGUGAACUAUCGGGUACCGCACUGCGUUAAAGAGCGUUGGCUCUUUAAGGGAAAACCGUGUGGAGAACCGUUUGAGUUUUCUGCCACAGUUGUCGAAUGUGUGUAGAAGACAUCUUUAUCGCUGUUUCAAAGUUUACCAUUUAAUAGGGUCGCCUUCCAGUCGCCUCUCGAGUGCAAAGGGUUAAAUAGGAAAAUCAGAAGAAAAGAUGACAACGUGUAGUAAGAAGCAUAUGGAAAACGAGAUGAAGAAGUGAAGAGAUUCAUGUGAAUUGACGAAUUUCAACAGAAUGAUAGGAAGAGCUACGGGACGAUGGGUUAAAGUUGUGAACAGAGGAAGAAGGUGGAGGAAUAAAUAAAUUUUCGAACUAACGGAAAACGAACUUCGAUAGGAGAGAAGACCUGAAGCGUCAACGGAAACGUAAUUAGGUAUAGAGACUAGUAGAAGAAAUACAAAUACCGAAAAUUAUGCAGAUAAAUAAGCAGAAAAUGAUUCGUAAGGAGUUAAGUCCGGUUCUCGCGUAAAGAACAACAAAAAAAAAAUGCGACGUUAAACAGAAAAUAAGUGUAUAAUGUAUCAAAAAAAAAAAAAAGAAAAAAAAACUUUCGCGAGAGAAAUAAACGCGGAGGAGGGGUCGUAGUUAACCCGAAGAGCGGAACGAUUGAUGGAAAUGCCAAAAAAGUUUGUAUAGUAACUUCUAAGAUAAAAGAAAAAAAAGAUAUAAAUGCGAAGUAAAUGCUAACAGAGUAAAUAAUCGUUGAACGAACUGUUGUAAAAAGAAGAAACCGGUAGCGUUACCAUAGUUAUACUGUAAAUAACAGAGCAGAGAAAAGAAAAAAAUAUAUGAACUCGGACUUCCUCUCUUUCGUAUUCGAGAAAGGGCGAAGUGACGUAAUUAUGUUUGUAUCGCGUUAGAGGAAAAAUCAAAACUUUUAAAAAGACGUUGAUCUAGCUGUGCGUGUAAAAAACAAACAAAACAGAAAUAUAUGACAGACACCUCGUCUUCUCGUUAUAAAAUUUUUUUUUUUGUACUAUGAUGUAUCUAUGUAUGUACGUAUGAUAUGCGCAAUUAAAGGUAAACAACAACAACAACAAAAAAGAGAAUUUAGAUUAUAAUCAAGUCGAUGAACUUGACGGUAAUGAAACUACGAAAAUUAAACGAUUAAUUGUUUGCGACGCUGACAGAGUUAUUUCUGAAUUUAGUAGUCGAAUCGUUUCGCGCGUAAAUACUUUUACAAAGGAAUAAAAAUUGUUACGGAGACGAUCAAUUUCAGAUGUUUCACGUUUAGUUAGAAGAUGUUUCUUUCCGCCGGUUGGAAGCGUCUCGCUUUGUUAGCUCGGCGAAUCAGUCUUCUUCCGAACUAUUCGAGUCGUACAAAGUGUCUCGUUAUUCCUCGGAGUUUUUCUUUUCUUUCUUGGCCAGUUUCGUUUCCCGAUUCUUAACUUUCGCGCGCUUAAAUCGAUGAUUCGAUCGAUUUAACGACGCCUCGAUGACUGCCAAUUGUUAAAAGCGGCAAUCCUCUUUGUGUAUGCGUGCAUGUCUCUCGUAUGCGUGUGUGUGCGCGCGCGUGUUUGUGUGUGUAUGGGUCGCGCGCACGCACUCAUGUAUAGAAAACUAGAAAAUCGAAGCCAAAUAUUAAUAGAGUUGUCAAUUUUUCCAUUGAUCGGGAACGCGUUUACGAUUUUCAAUGAUUUCGAUACCUAGGUUGCGAAUAGGAACGUUGACACUUUUUAUACAUUUUCUAACGUAUACAGGGUGUCCCGUGUUAAGUCGUACAAAACCUGUUUCAUCGGAAAGUGAUGCAGAUAUCGACUCCGUUUUUAUUAUAGUUAACACGUACACUGUCAGACUAAUACUCUUGAAAAUUUCUACCUCGAUUUCAUUUUCUUUACAGACUUUUGGAAACUGCGCAAUGAAACGUUUAUUUUGGUAUUUAGUUCUGUAACUUCGUCAAAAUUCGAGUAUUUCAUUUAAAUUCAUUUUCUAUGACACUUAACUUUCAGAGAAUAUAGUUUUCGUUUUUCAGUGAAAACCACUGUCACCCGUACAUGGGUGACGUGGCGAUCAACGUGUUAAACGAUACAGAGGGAGGAGAACAUUUUUCGUGGAACAAAAUUUGUUGACGCCAAAGGGGAAGUUCCUUAGAAUUCCACUCAAAGAAAUUUAGGGAACCACUCUGACAGUCGUUCAACAAAAAUUUGUCGUCCCCUAAAAAAUUAGACCACCUUAUAUUUAAUUGUAAAGAAAAAUGAAUUUUACAACUUCGUCACUUUCUAAGAAACCAAUCUGUAACACUUUCAACAGUACACCCUGUAUAUUACUAAGAAUUUACUUUCCGUAAAUCGGAGUCCACCGCAGAGAAAACCCUCCUCUUUUUAACUUCGUACAGUGAGUGUAGAAUGUAUUCGUACACCGAUCAAUUUCCCAAAAAACUUUUCUGUGAAAUUGUAGUUUCUUAACUUGUUUUUUUUUUAUAAUCAAUGAUAUCGUACAUAUUCUCGGAAGUCUCUAAGAUAGGUAUAGUCCAAGCAACAUUUACUAGUUAAUAUAAUUUGUGAAAUUAACACAAAAAAAUGCGAAAAGUGGGUGAAAGUAUAGAAGCAAUAAGUAUUUGUACGAUUCUUAUGACGAACCAUUUACAGUAGAGUUUGUAACGUAAACCCGUUAGUUUAUUGCUCCGUACGAAUUAGAAAACAUCAAAUUUCCUGUAAAGUACUUAUAAAAGUGGCUCUAAUAGAGCCAUUCUAAUUUAAUGGUUAGAAGAGUUACAAUAAUUAUAAAAUCAAAAAGUAAAUCCCACGAAGUAUUAAUUAUUGUAAUUUAAGUAUUGUAAAUAUUAUAAAUUAAUGUAAAUUUCGUUGUUUGUUUACGAAGUUUUAAAAAUUUAACAAUUGUACGAAUACUUAUUGCUCCUGUAUUUCUGUCGAUUUAGAGUUUUGUCUCGAUAAUUUCGCAACUUAUAUAAAUAGCUAAUUUACAAUAAUUAUAAAAUUAAAAAGUAAAUCCCAUGAAGUAUUAAUUAUUGUAAUUUAAGUAUUGUAAAUAUUAUAAAUUAAUGUAAAUUUCGUUGUUUGUUUACGAAGUUUUAAAAAUUUAACAAUUGUACGAAUACUUACUGCUCCUGUAUUUCUGUCGAUUUAGAGUUUUGUCUCGAUAAUUUCGCAACUUAUAUAAAUAGCUAAUUUUCUUUUUUUGUACUGUAUUUAUUCUAGAAAUUUCCAAGAGUACGUAGAAUAUGCUUGUUUAUAAAAAAAAUAAGUUAACCAAUCGAAUACGAAUACUUUCUACACCCACUGUAAGUGUUAUUUUAAUUGAAAAAUCGUUUACUCUAAGAAUUUCAAGUGGCAAUGACGAUCAGCGUUAAUGUAGUUAUAGCAUUCGGCACUGAAUUCAGUCCGUAUUUUUGUUAUUAAUUUAUCGUGUUUGUAUGUAUCUUCUUGUUCCAAAUGCAAAUUGUAGUUGAUGUUUAUUCGUGAAUGGCGUCGAUUAAGUCGGUUCUUUAUUUUUUUUUUUUUUUGUAUUUUGUUACUUUAUUUAAUGUUUCAUUCGAUAGCGACCACCGGUGUUUGCAUUUUUAUAUCGUGGUAUAUCGAGAAAGGAAAUCUGCGUAAACGCGGACCCGGUUAAACGUUUAACAAUCACGUUACAACGCGAAAAACUUCUCUCGGUGCCUUUCCGCCGGAUUUUCUUCCGUUAUCAUUUAGAUGACGAUUCAUCGCAGCGAUCACGAGAAACUGAAACAAUAAAAUUACGUUGUCUACCGAAUUGUUGUCAUCGUAAUCGUAACAAAACGGGAGAAAGUUUAUCCAGAGUAAAAUGGAGGAGGAAACGAAUGAUUAAAAAUAAAGGCGAGGAGAAGAACGGUUAAAAUUUGCGAAUUAGAACAGAGAUGAUAGUCGAAGUAGAGAUACGACGAGAACAAUAAUCGAAUUUAUGAUUAUGACGAUGUUCGUGAUCGCGUAAAACCCCCAUCGCUCUUUCGUAUUGUUUUAAACAAAUCUUUCCUGAUGUACGAACAAUAAAACUUUCACCGUUUCCUACUA